CAGUUGACUUCGAUCGUAAGUGGUUGAGUCACUUUGGGAGGGUGGUGGGUGUGCGGGGGGCCGCCGGUGACAUUAACGUCGCUAUCACACGGCGACAGGUGCGAAAUGACUUUCCGCUCCGCGACAGAUCGCUGACACGGUGGCACCUUUCUUCCCGAGGUGAGCGCCGCGCCGUCGGGCCGUCGGGCGUUCGUGUCGGUUUGGUUGCCCACCUCUGCGGCGCGCCACGCCGCCGCCCCCGCCCGCGCCCGAGUGGGCUGGUGCUGUGUGUACUCCACGUCCACGACCAUGAAAACGGCGGGCUGCCGGGUACCACUCGGAGCAACGGGUCGCAGCCGAGGCCGAGGGGCGCACGAGGGGGAGGCCCUACGGGGGCACACGCGACCGAGUGUCGGCGAGGGAAAGUCGUCGAAAUAACCCCGUUUGCUUUCGGCGUGGCCGAGAUAGUUCUUGACACCAGGGUGCGAGCCCCCCUCUCGGAGGGCCGCGUCCGGAAGGGGCCGCCCUUCCCCGCGGCACACCUGCGACGGGUGCGAGAGAGACGGCACCCCCUCGGAGGCGACCCUCGGCGAGUCCUUAAUAGGGAACGCGGCCGCCCAAACAGUCAGUCACAGCCUCCCCGUCGUUAGCCGACAUGUCGUCCACCGUCGUGCUGUUGGUGUCCUGUGCCGCGAUGCUGGCCGCUGCUGCCGCCGCCGCCGGCUCGAGCCCCGUGGACGGCACGUCCGUCGCGGUCGUCCCCACAACCGGCUCCGCUACGUCCAGACAGGUGGUUGACGGCGUCCUGUCCAUGCUGGGCAUCACAACCCCAGAGGCCUCCGGGGAGGACGACGCUUCAGCAGAGGGCAACAGUGCAGACACCAAGGUGGCCACCACGAACCCAGGUCAGCGCGGCAUCCACAAGAAAAAGCUGUGGUACUGGCACAUCUGGCAGGUGUACUCCUGGUGGGCGUGGGCGUUCGCCGUGGUAGUCGUCAAGUUCAAGAUUGCCCUGCUCGUCAUCAUGGGCCACCUCACCUACUUCGUCGUGGCGCUCAUCCGCAUGCUACUCCGGGAGGUGCCCUCAUGGAUCCAGCUCAAAACCGCCCCCGCCCCGUACGGACCGCCGCCCCCCGUGUACGGGCCGCCGCCCACCACCUACGGCCCGCAGUACGGACAGCAGCAGUACGGGCAGCAGCAGUACGCGGCCGCGAGCAGCUACUCGCCCUACAAGAGGCGCGCCGGCACCGCCCCGGCGACAGCGGGGACGGAAGCGUCCUCCUCGGGCGCCAGCGACCUGGCGUACGCCGCCCACGCCAGGAGAAAGUAGUUGCAGGGAGACGUCGGCGACGUGCCAUGGCGUGGAGACAGUUCAGGAGGGCGAGGGGGGGCGGCCCGGGUGCUUCUCGGGAACCAAGUGAGAGAACGAGCGGUGCCGUGAACGCGUGAAGGAACGGCCGCAGGGAACGAACGUUCUCCAUUAGCUCCUAUGGCGCGUUCACCAGUUCGUUCUCUUCUCCGCCGCAUUCCCGUUCUCCAAGUGGAUCCCGAGAAGCCCCCCUGUGGUGGCAUUCCCCUCACCCCAGUCCCAGGGACACGCCCACACCAUGGCGACGACGCAUGACUUCUCACCGCUCUCCGCAUUAUAC